UGGCAAACUAUUUACCUAAUCUAGCUCGAUAAAAGUCCAGUUAAAAUUUUAUCUUAAUUGAUUUUUAAUUACUCAAAAUUUCACAAAAAUAAUUAAACGGUUACCGUCAUAGUGCAUAAAAAAAAUAAAUGAAACUUUUAUUAUUAGUCUCCGUAUUAUGGCUACAGGCGCUACAAUCCCACAGCAAACGUGUCAUAUGCUACUGGGUCAACUACCGGAUGACCUUGGCCGACCCCGACAAACAUCUCCCGGAAAACAUCGACCCCACCCUUUGCACGCAUAUUCACUACGCGUUUCACAUACUGGACAACAAGACCAACACAGUAAUGGAGUCGGCAGGGGGUGGGCCCCGACCCAAGCUAUACGAGCGGCUAAAUAAGCUGAGGCAGAAAAACAAGCAAGUUAAGCUCAUACUGGCGGUGGGCGGGGGUGCCCAGGCGUGCCCACCAUUUUCGGCGAUGAUCACUAGUCCGACUCUUAGGGUGGGGUUCAUCAAGAAUACGAUCGCCUAUUUGAAAAAAUACAACUUCGAUGGCCUGGAUCUCGCCUGGGAGUACCCCCAUUGCUGGUACUACGACUGUAGUCUAGGGCCCCAAAGUGACGUGGACAAUUAUGGUAAAUUGUUGACGGAAUUUAGAGCCGCGUUCAAUAACAACAAACCACGACUUUUACUAUCGGCGGCCAUACCCUCGGGCUAUUCGGGCGGACCCGGUGACGUGGCUUACGAUAUGCCGACUAUGGCUGCAGCACUAGACUACAUGAGUGUCAUGACAUACGACUUUGUGGCAGCGACUUGGAGCUCAACCACUGGACACCACACGAGUUUCGAUGGCUGCGUAAGUGCUGUAGAAUUCUAUGUCAACAAAGGGAUGCCUAAAAAUAAGAUAGUGAUGGGAGUGCCCGCCUAUGCCCACACAUUUACGCUCCAGAGUGCCGAUCAACACGGAAUGAAUGCACCGGUUGUCGGUGUGGGACAGGUA